UCUAGGGGGGGCGGAGGGACGUGGUGCACUGCGCAUGUGCGACGAGUGGGCGGUGGGGCGGGAGGCGCCGCUGCUGCUGGGCCCGGUCCCGCUCCCCACCCCCUCCUCAGCGCUAUGAGUGACGGGUUCCGGAAGGCGGAGUCGGGCACUCAGCUACUUGCACGACUUGAGGGCAGAAGUUCUCUGAAAAAUCUUGAACCUUGUCUGUUUGCAGAUGAAGGAUUUCCCAUUUAUGGAGAUGUCGUUGAAUUCCAUGGUCCAGAAGGAACAGGAAAAACAGAAAUGCUUUAUUACCUGAUAGCCCGCUGUGUCCUUCCAAAAUCGGGAGGAGGCCUAGAAGUAGAAGUCAUGUUCAUUGAUACAGACUACCAUUUUGACAUGCUUCGCCUAGUUACCAUUCUUGAACACAGACUGUCCCAAAGCACAGAAGAAAUGAUCAAACAGUGCCUUGGAAGGCUUUUCCUGGUUAAUUGCAAUAGCAGCACCCAGUUGCUUCUCACUCUUUACUCUCUAGAAAACAAGUUUUGUGCUCACCCUUCUCUCUGCAUUGUGAUUUUAGAUAGUAUAUCAGCUUUUUAUUGGAUAGAUAGAAGCAAUGGAGGCGAGAGCUUUAACAUUCAGGAGAUGAAUCUGAAGAGAUGUGCUGAAUUUCUUGAGAAGCUAGUAAUGGAGCAUCAUUUGGUCCUGUUUGCAACAACACAAACGAUUAUGCAGAAAUCUUCAAACUCCACAGAAAGCGCCAUUCCUUUAAAACUUCACUGUGAAGCUGAUGUAGAGUAUAGGCCUUAUCUUUGUAAAUCAUGGCAACAAAUGGUAACCCACAGAAUAUUUUUCUCUAAGCAAUGUGAUUUUAGCAGUAGCAAAGCGUUUUCAAUUGUUUCUUGUCACACCAAAAAAAAACAUGUCAUAAAAUGUUCAUUCAGUGUUGCAGAAUGUGGAGUUCAGUUUUAACUUCAGCCUGUCUCUAAAACUGUAGUAAAUCUUGGCACAUCACAGUCUACUUAGGUUUAAUUUAAGUAGUUUAAAAAAAAAUCUUUUAACCUAUUUUAUUAUCUCAGAUUGUUAAUUUUGUCACCCACCUUUAAACAUCUUAAACUCAGUAAACGGCAGAGGAGUUUAGAGCUUUGAAUUUCUGCAGAAGGUCAGCUUAAAAUAGAGGAGAAUGUUGAAACUGCUUGUAUGUGGUUGAUGCAUAAAGAGAUUAAAUGAAGAAGAUUAAAAGUUUAGGGCAUCUUUAACUCCUAAUAUACUUAUGUAAUGUAACAGAGAGAGUAUACAACCAAAUGCACUGACUUCAGCUCUGUGUCAUAACCAUCUUCCAGCGACUUAUGCUAGUGAUUGUGUUUAGGCAAAUGUUAGCUCUUUGUAAAUAUUGGUCUUAAUUCACUCCCAUUAGCAUGGGACUAUACACUGUGCAUACAUCCUGUGUCAGCAGGCACAGUUACACCCAAGGGGACGGAGGGAUUCAUCUCCUGCAGGGAAAGAUAUGUAGUGUUGGUCAGGGUGGUCCUAGCCAGCACUGCCCAUUUGUGGAGUGUCACAUGCUGGGGGAAUAGGGAUUAUGGCUGUCACUGUUCUGCCAGCAGUCUACAAGCAUCUGCAGCCCUCCCAAAGUUGAGGGACACAGGGCCAUAGUUGACUGAUCCUAGGAGGUAGCUCGAGGCCCCUGUAAGUUAGUGACAGACCUAGCAAGUAGUUAACAUUUGAAAGGAAAAGGGCUAGAAACUUAAUUUUUUUAAAUAAAAUUUCUAGCUCCCCUUCUCCCCCAAAUCUGCAAUGCCAUAUCUCUGAGUUUUAUGGGCCAAAAGGCUGUGGUUGCUCACAACCACAAGCAACGUGGUUUAUGUUACAAGUUUUAGAUCCUCAUUUAUUAUUAUCCCAGCCACUGUUUGGAAAAUCAGUCUAGCCACAGAAAUGCUCACCCAAUUGUGUAAAUACCUAACUUAGGGAUCUCUUACUUUCGAAUGUUCAUCAGUCCACUACCCUAUGUCCCCCUUUAGGUGUAUCAGCUCUACAAAGCCAAGGGAUUGCAUGGACCAUCAUAAUGCUAAAAUGUAUUCUCAAAAAGCUCCUCUACAUUUCAUUUUCUUUUGAUCUAGGUUUUAUAUCAUGUCCUCCAGUAUUUGAGCAUUCUUUGUACCAUGCUAUCUCCUGCACACUGUAUUUUAAUAAAUAAAGACACACAUGUGUAAAUCAUAUGAUUUGAAAAAGGCAGAGGAGAAGACUCCUGGCUAAACAGCAUAUAUUUCUUGGUGCACUUUAUGUUCAAAGCCAUGUGCAUCAGUUAGUUUAGUAAUCAUACAAUAAGUUCCUUAUUGCAUAACCUUUUAGAGGUAUUGUUAAAUGUUACUACCCUUUUACAACUGUUUCACCUCUGUGAAAUGAAUUUUCAUCCAAGUAUAGUUCCUAGCACUAAGGUAUUACAAUUACUAGUCUCAGAAGCCCAGAAUUUUCAAUAAAGAGAGACUGACGCAUUUUCACACCUAGAGAGGAAGUGGGUAGAGAAUGGAAGAUUGAUAAGGAAAGCUUGCACACCUCCUGCCCCUAAUGGUGGAUAGAGAAUACUUUAGUUUCAAUGGCUGUUAAUUUUGGUUCCUUUCACAGACACUAAAGACUGAUUUACAGUGGUGAAUGUAAUAUACUACCACCACCACCAUCUUAGGUUUGUAUCUGUUUAAGGGAGAAUGGAGGCACCCUGACACAACUUAUGUAUUAUAAAAUUGUGAUUUGAAAGGCAGAUCAAAGUAAACAUAAUGAGGAGUGAAUGAACAAAAAGAUGUAUAUGCACUGCUACCAUGGUAAGAAACAAGGAGUAUAUGGAGAGGAUAAGGAAUCCAGAAACACUUCCUAGUAAAAUGAACAUCAUGUAUACAGGAAAAACAAGCAACAUAGUAUAUAUAUGAAAACUCAAAUAUGUGCUGUAAAAUUAUUGAAAUAACUAAAGAAACAAACUUGAGCUUGCUCCUUCCAUAUUUAUUCAGAAACACUAAAUAUGCAAUCCAGUAAAUGUACAUCCUCCUCGUGACUGUAACCACUUCUGAAUGCAUUGGCCUGACAUGCUAGAGCUCCACUCCUUCCAAGAAUGGCCUGUGAAUUCAGGUUCCCUUGGAACAGUCCUAUCAGAACCCUUCUCACAUGGAAAGCAGACAGCUUUUCUACUGUACCUCAUCUCCCUAUCCAUUUAACCUCCCUCCCCUCCCCCCAAAAAUUAACCUCUGAAUUAUGAUAGGUUCCUGUGUCAACUCUGAAGUGUGUGUUUCUAUGAUAAGUUAGGUCUGUGAAAUUCAUUCUGAUCAUAUCUUGCUCAAGAAGUCUAAACUGAAGCUGUUUUAGUGUGCUGAUACAGAUGAAUUGGCCAUCCCAGGAAUCACCCUUCCUUUACAUUGGACAAUCUAGAAUUCCACCCUUCUUUAUCUGAAGCUUGCAAAGCAAUGUGAUUCCUCCCUCAUGCUGUCUUUCCAUUUCUCCAGUGAGUUGGAGCAUACCCUCUUGGCUGAAUGCCAAACUCCCAGCCUGGUUGGGAUGCCCUCCUGACUCCAGGCCAAAUUUCCAUCUGAACCUUUAUCCAAGCUAGGGAAAAAAUGCCUCCAAUAGUGGCACUGCUAGUUUCAAGGGUGAUGUUACCUCCUCUGAGUUCCUCAACACGUGGCUAGCAGUAAGAAUUCUCCAUCACGUAAUCUAUUUGCUUUCCUCUAUGUUUAGCCUUUUAUUUGGCAGUGUCUUAGUGUAGUCUGGGUUUACACAUUUUAGCCUUUGGCUUGAGCUGAGAUUUCAAAUGCUGCAAGUUCCUACAUGUAACUGCAGAACAAUUAAAGCAGCUAGAAGAAGCUCUUCCUGAAUGAAGCUCAAGUAGAACAUGUGUGUGCAGGAUUUGGCGUGUUGCAGCUCUGGCAAACAAGCUUCAGACCAUAUGGGAAAUUCAGUGCGGUUCUGGCAAGGAACAACGUAACAUGUAUUAAUCUAGAGCACCCUCUGAAAGGGGCUUUAUAGGAAAAAUACUAUACAUUAUUUAAUGCAAAAAACAUACAUUACACUUACAAAUUGAAACCACUCAAAUCAAGAUGACAAAAUAUGUUUUUUGCAGCAAUGUUAGUUCAGCCAUGUUGCACAACAUAUGUGUUGCACAGUUUAGCACACAUCAGUAUAAUAAAUUGCAUAUUUAAAAAGAAACACCUCAUAUACUUUGUGCAAGAUAAGUGAGAAAAUAUUACAGCGAGCAUCUUAACAUUUUCAUCUGACUUCUGAGGACAAAGUUUUCAAAUUGGGGUGUAUAAAAUUAGGCACCUAAAUAAUUGGCUGUAUAUUUUUACAGGUGCUGAGUACCUGUGUCUCACUCACACCUGUUCUCCAUUUACUGCCCUAUCACCCCUGUUGUUACUUAAACCAGCCAUGAAACCAUGGCUGGAAACACAAAUAUGUGGACAACAAUGGUAUAUCCCAAAACCCUAUAAACCUACAUUUUCUAACUUGGGUGGCUCAAAGCCAUCAAGAACUAUGUCUAGGCAUUAGAGCUGGACAGAAAAAAACUUCAGUUGAACCAUUGUCCAUCAGAGAACACAGUUCUAUCCAAAGCAAAAUGCUUUGCAAAUUCAUGUCAGUUUUGCAGAAAAUUUGUUUUAGAGAAAAACCUUGGGAAAAAGCUCAGUGUUGAAA